AUGCAAAAGGGCUAUAGGUCCCCCCGCCCUGCCCGGGGCCAGUUUACAGUGCGGUUGCCCCAGGGCCUGGUCCGCCUGCCUCCUCAGUGUGCCCGCCCAUCUAGAGACCCACCUCCCCGGCGGGCAUGGGGGCCCAACACAUGCCAGGUAAGUAGCAAACCCGCCCCCGCCACGGGCCAAGUCUUGGAGCAGGGCCUGCCUCCCCAUCACUGCCCCGCCCCCCCAGCCCACCUGGAGCCCAUCUGGGCACUUCUCCCAGCCUCGACUUCUCCUUUUGCCUUAGGCCUCUCGACAUCCCGUCUCUCCUGCAAUAACACGGAAGCGAGAUUCCAAGUAGACGCCCCUCACGUGCGCCCUCUUUUCUCUCUCUCUCUCUGUUAA